CUCCUUAGAAACCUUCAGCAAUACAAACCAAAUUAAAGAAUCAAAAUUCAUCUGCUGUUCAAGAUUGUCAAAGGCUGUUAUUAGCUGUGACUUGUGAGGGAAAGAAUGGAAGGUUUGAUUCCAUAUCUUUAUCAAGCGAUAAAGAAGCACCAAAAUAAUCACCAUCAUGAUCACCACCACCACCACCAUGGAAUGAAGAGGAGCUUGUCCCAUUCCGAGAGCUCGAACCGGAGCUACCAUUUGCUCUUGGGGUCAGACUCCUUCACUGGAUCAUCUCACAGGAGAACAAGGUCUGAGUCUCACCCUCCCAACAAUAAUACUACAGCUGAAGGUGUUGAUAGCUUCUUGGUCAGUCCCAGAGGCCCUUUCGCCGUUGCUCCUCCUCCUCCAAAUGCUGCCGCCACAACUAGUGCUAAAUCUUUUGCUGCAAAAGUCUAAUUGAUGCAAAAUGAAAGAUGUUCAAUAUUUUUUGUUUAUCUUAUCCCUGCCACUUUUAGAUAUUAUUGUUUAUCUUCUUUUCUGGUAUUUACAUAAUUCAUUUGUUUAAGAUGAUGGGUGAGUAUCAUUAUUUGUCAUCUAAUUGUGUAUACAUCUGCUCUUGAAGACUGAUUCUUAGAGUAUCAACUGUAAUGAACACGACUAGCUUUGGAUCCAUUA